UACUUCACGUAUCGUUCGCAAAUCGCAAAACGCGAUCAAACGCGACAGGUGUCAGACGGACCAGCUGCAGAAGGGCGACGAUUCGAUCAAAUGAUCGCGGCGGACACGGAACGGGCCGGCUCCGACACGAGUGAUGGCACGGCUCGAUCAAACGAUAAUUGAAACAUAAUUGCGAUGGUAACUACUACGUAGCUUGAACAGGUUCGGUAUUCGCGAAGCCAAGAACGUGACGCCAAGAACGUGACGCCAUCGAGCUGUCGCGUCGUUGCAUCGUUUUUGGCACGUAAAGGUAAUCGCGCGCAGGAGAUGAUAAGCCUUCUCGCCUUGGCGUACAUAGAACGGACAGGCCCCGAGACAAGUGGCAGCACGACUAGAUCAAACGAUUAUUUGUAUGUGUUACAGAGUAUUAUAAACUCUUUUGCACAUCAUGAUGCCUAAAAUAAAACCUUGGAAAGAGUUUUAACUUAUGAGAAAAUGGAGGAGAAGAUGAUCUGAGAGGAGGAGGAGGCUAGGAGACGCAUCAGGCACUGGUAGAGCAACUUUGCGAAUCAUCGUAGCUACGUGGCUGAUAACUCUACUGUUGUGCAUCGGUCGGAAGAAGGAAGCCAUUCGCGAUGCCAGCUGAGAGGAAGGAAGCGAUUUAAUGCGAUCUCUUGGAUCAUUUUUCAAUGUAUGCUACGCGAAGAUGUGCUGUCUAUUAAUACGUAAUCGGUUUUAUGACAUCGCGAGUCAUCGUGAAACGCCAUUUGGAACUCGCGUCGACUUUUGCAAAGGAAUGCUCGUGCAGCAUGUUCUCUUCAUACCAUAUUUAUCUGACUGUCUCGGAAGUACAUCUUCACAUGGACAUCUGCAUAAGCAAUCGGAACCGGAACCGGGCGCGGAUGUGCACACGCGUGUAUGCGCAGCGACGUGUAUGCAGAACGUGCCGGUAUAAAAGCUUAGAAAAUACGCUGGUAAGUUGCAGUUCUCACCUAGCCGCCUCAAAUAUCGUAAUGGUGAAGAUGACUUUCAAGGUCACCGUCGCACUAACCAUUGGCCUCGCCCUGGUCGAUCGAUCAAUCGCCGGCGUGAUACUGGACCAUGAUCAUCAUGUCUCGGUGGCUAGCUCGUACAUGCAUUUUCAAGGGCCAGUACAGGGACCCGAAUACGAAGUGAAAGUGCCACACGUACCUGUGGACCAUCUUAGUGAGCACAACUUUCUGGGCCACAACGAGCAUCACCAUCACGACGGUUACACAGUCGACUAUGUGGCGAAGCCAAAGUAUGAAUUCUCAUACGGUGUCGAGGAUCAUCAUAGCGGCGACUUUCACGGCCAGAAGGAGUCCAGCGAUGGACACGGCGUGACCGGGGAGUAUACCGUGAAGGAUCCAGGUGGCAGCCUCCGGGUCGUCACCUAUCACGCGGACAAGGAGGGAUUUCACGCAGUAGUACACACUACCGGGAAGAAUGAUCAUUCAGGCGGAGUCUACGGCGGUCAAGGACAUGAAACCCAAGAUCACUUACACGAGUAUGCCGCGUUAUCCGCGCACGAUGCAGCGUUCUGAAAGAAAACUAUAGCGACCAUCAUGACAACUGGUGACUGAUCGUUUUUGUUUGUACCUGGCACGAUUAGACUUUUCCUUUCCCGAAUCGUCAACAUUGAUGUUUCCGUUUUGUAUACCAAAGGUAACAACGGUGCUGUCCAUCCGACAUUACACGCAAGGAUAACGUAUCGUAUAUUUGUAAAUAUAUAGUUUAUCCCUCUUGUACACGAUAAACGACAUAAACAUGAUGGAAGA